AAAAUACUUUUUGUUUAUCCAAAUAAAUUAGGGUGUGUUAAUCUCUACCAUUCAUCCCGGCCCUCUGAUUCACCAGCUCAUGAAUAUUAAAUAGAUCAAGCAGCCAUAAGACCGGCCCCCUGCACCAGCGCGGCCACACUCAGCAUCCACCGGAGCAACGUCUCACGCCUCUUUCAUCAGACUUUCCUAGUCUGCGACUGGAGUCGGUUUGAUUCAGACUGGUGGACCUUUUCUUUCUUUUAAAAAGAAAAAAUGGCUUUGAGGGGACCUCUGUUCCGUCUUCUCAGAACUCAACUCGCCCACACUUGCCAGCAAAGCAGAGCUCAGUCCGUGGCUGUGCUGGGAGCUCCGUUUUCAAGAGGACAGAAAAGGAGAGGUGUGGAGCACGGUCCUAAAGUCAUCAGAGAUGCGGGGCUCAUCGACAGACUUUCCUGUUUAGACUACUCUGUCCAUGACUUUGGUGACCUCAACUUCCACCACCUUGAGAAGGAUGAACCCUACAUGGGCGUGAAGUUCCCUCGCACAGUGGGUGCAGCAAAUAAGAUGCUGUCUGGUGCAGUGAGCAGAGCCAUAGGUGCUGGGCACACCCUCAUCAUGCUUGGAGGUGAUCACAGCCUUGCUGUUGGAUCAGUGAGUGGCCAUGCCCAGCAGUGUCCUGACCUGUGUCUCAUCUGGGUUGAUGCUCAUGCAGAUGUGAACACGCCCAUGACUUCUCCAUCAGGAAACCUCCACGGCCAGCCUGUGGCAUUCAUGCUCAAAGAGCUGCAAGACAAGAUGCCAGAUAUCCCAGGGUUCUCCUGGACAAAGCCAUUCCUCUCCUCGAGGGACCUGGUCUACAUCGGCUUGAGGGACGUCGACCCCGGAGAGCACCACAUCCUGAAGAAUCUGGGCAUCCAGUACUUCACCAUGAGAGAUAUCGACAGACUUGGCAUCCAGAGGGUUAUGGAAGUCACCCUUGACCAUCUUUUGGCAAGAAAACAGCGACCGAUCCAUUUGAGCUUUGACAUCGACGCAUUCGACCCGUCUCUGGCCCCAGCCACAGGGACACCAGUGAAUGGAGGUUUGACCUACAGGGAGGGAAUCUACAUCACAGAGGAAAUCCAUAACACAGGCCUGCUGUCAGCCAUGGACCUGGUAGAAGUAAACCCAGUGAUGGGGGCCAACCCUGAAGCUGUGGAGGCCACCGCCUCUUUAGCGGUUGACGUCAUCGCGUCAUCUCUCGGACAGACGAGAGAGGGGGCUCACGUGUCCAUCGAUGAGAUUCCAUCAGUCAAGGACGACACAGAGCAGCUCCGCCUCUGAGAGCGUAAAACACAACCAUGAACUUUAUCAAACAUCAUCCCUGAGCAUUCCGCAAUUUUUAAUACAAAACUGCAAAGACUGAAUCUAACAGUAGCUCAAGUUUUGACGUUUUUGUUCCCAUUUCUUUGCUGUUUAGUGUAAUGUUAAUCCAUGAGAAAAUAUGUCUGGGUUUAUAAAACCUGUGAGGGGGCUUUACAGAACAAAAAGUUCUCAUAGAUAAUGCUGAGACAGAAGCCCUGGACAUAAUUUAGAAACCACUACACGAAUUGAUGGGAAUACUAUUCAUUUUCAUAGCAAUACUUACUUAUUUUGCUCAUGUAUGUACAGUAAUAAGUUAAGCGUUAGAAGACACAGCUGCCACAUGAAUUAUUAUGUGGUUGGUUAACAAGAGAAUAAACCUGCCUCAGAGGUAUGAUAAAUCGAACCCGACUUUGAAGUCCAUGGUCUCACAUGGACUCUCAAAACUGUUUUGUGGCUGUGCCAGUUAGUAAAAAGUAGUAAUAAUGUGUUUGCACUUUUGGACCAGAUGUGGUUACUGUAUUUUCUUUAGAGUUUACUUUUGUAUUUACACAAUGAACCUAUCAGUACAUUGAUUAAAAUGACUGCGUGUAUAAAUAUUUACUGAAGACAUCAGUAUUGAUUGGCUUGAAAACUGUAAUAUCCAGUUUUGCUCUCAAAUGCUGGGAAAAAAACAAUUAUUAGCAUAAUUAAGCUUGAAUUGAUGUAAUGCCUGGUCUAUAUCACUUGAUGUGGCUACUGACUGACUUGUCCUUGUAACAGAGUUUAUAUUUUGGUCUUCCAUAAAUGUGAUUACAUUUUC